ACAGAAUGGAAGCCGUUCGAACUAAUGCUGAUUUUCGAUUCUUCAUGCAAUGGCCUUUCGGGGUUCUUAUGGGAUUUCAGACGCUCUUCUCUCUCAUCUCACUGAUCGUCUUCUACUUUGCUCCAUUUCUAUACGAAGGAACAUCAUUCGUCAUUUUCAUUCUCACACUUCUCCUCGUCUGCAGUAUUGUUCACAACAUUAUCCACGUUUUCGGAUUCCAUCGUCGCGUUUUUCUCAUCGCUGGACGCGCUCUGUACAUUCCGGCGACGCUUUUGGUAUUCCUAACGUCUGCAGUAUGCUGUAUCGGAAUGGGUGUCUCAACGCUGAUUGUACUCAUCGGAUUUGUUGAUUCGCUUCGUUUCAGUUUCCGGCUCAUUAUUGUCUACGCGAUUCUCACGGCAACAUGUGCAAUUCUGACAUUUGCGUGCACAAAAAUCGUGAUGCUCCUGUUCCGUGCGGCUCCAAAUGGGCAGAUCAAGGGUCUUGUACAAGUCGUCAUUGAGGGUGAUCGUACGUCGAAGAUCACAGGAGCACAUGCUACGAGCACCACAACCACUACCACAACGACAACGACCACCACGACGACUACCAAUUUUGUUUGAAUUCACUAAAUUUAUUCAAUUUAUAUUACUACAUUUGUCAUUCCAAAAAAUCUCACAUCGAUCGCAUAUUUUGCCCUUCACCACACGCAUUUCGCUUUUUUCCUACUUAACUUAUUCUAUUGUUUAAGCAUUAAAUCAACUUUGUUAUUGACCCUUGCCACCAUGAGAUUCCGCUUUAAUCUUGUCACAUGAUUCAUUCUGAUAAAUUUUCCAAAAA